GGGCGGCGGCGGCUUAGCCCGCGAAGGCGGCGGCGGCCGGAGCGCUGGAGCGGCGGCCGGAGCGCUGGAGCGGCGGCGGCUGGAGCGGGAUGGGACGGAACGCGGAGCCAGAAGAAGCCACCUGAGUGUGCCAGGAAGUUAGAGAACAGCUGUCUUCUCAAACGAGUAAAUAGUAUUGAUAUUCCACGCUCCUUUUUAAAUGAUUGUGAGCCAUGCCUUUGGUGAAAAGGAACAUUGAACCACGGCAUCUCUGCCGAGGAGCUCUGCCAGAGGGAAUUACAAGUGAACUGGAAUGUGUAACAAAUAGCACCCUUGCUGCUAUCAUACGCCAGCUAAGCAGCUUAAGCAAACAUGCUGAAGACAUAUUUGGUGAAUUGUUUAAUGAGGCCAACAGCUUCUACAUCAGAGCAAAUUCCCUCCAAGACAGAAUUGAUCGCCUUGCUGUCAAAGUCACCCAGCUGGAUUCAACAGUGGAAGAGGUAUCCUUACAGGACAUCAACAUGAAAAAAGCAUUCAAGAGCUCAACAGUUCAAGACCAGCAGGUAGUUUCAAAGAACAGCAUUCCAAACCCGGUGGCUGAUAUUUAUAACCAAAGUGACAAACCACCACCUCUGAAUAUUCUUUCACCUUAUAGGGAUGAUAAGAAAGAUGGAUUGAAAUUCUAUACUGAUCCUUCCUAUUUUUUUGAUCUUUGGAAAGAAAAAAUGUUACAAGAUACUGAAGAUAAGCGAAAAGAAAAGAGGAGACAAAAGGAGCAAAAGCGUAUAGAUGGCACCACCACCCGUGAGGUGAAAAAGGUUAGAAAAGCCAGGAACAGACGCCAGGAGUGGAAUAUGAUGGCAUAUGACAAAGAGCUUAGACCUGACAACAGGUUGUCUCAGAGUGUGUACCAUGGAGCAUCUUCCGAGGGAUCACUGUCCCCAGAUACUAGGUCCCAUGCAUCCGAUGUUACAGAUUAUUCUUAUCCUGCUACUCCGAAUCAUUCCCUCCAUCAGCAGAUUGCAAUGCCUUCCUAUGGAGCAGGAGAUGGUCCUCAGUACAUGGCAGCAUCCCAAAGCCAUGAGCAUGAAUACAGACCACCCUCCACCACUGUACGACAUGCCACUUUAAACAGACCUCAGCAACCACCUCCACCUCCACCCCAGCCUUCAGAUGGCCAGCACAGCUCAGUACCUGUGGUACCAGCAGAUUAUGGGAUGCUCCCAGCUCAGAUGGUGGAUUAUUACAAUCCUACAGGUCCUCCCCCUCCUCCUCCCCCUCCUAUGAUUCCUUCAGCACAAACUGCAUUUGUUAGUCCUCUUCAGCUUCCUGUGCCACCUUCCCAUUCCGGACUGGUGACUGUCUCUACAUAUGCAGCUACUCAUCCUCCUCCUGCUGGUGGGCUUGUUGUCACUGCUCCUCCUCCUCCCGGCCCACCUCCUCCCCCUCCAGGCCCUCCUGCUGCAGGUGCAUCCCUCUCUUCCUCCCCCAUGCACGCUCCUCCGGCGUCGGAGGCGAAGCAGGCACCAAUGAGUGAUGCACGGAGUGAUCUGCUGGCUGCCAUCAGGAUGGGAAUUCAGCUGAAAAAGGUGCAGGAGCAGCGUGAGCAGGAGGCGAAGCGCGAGCCCGUUGGCAAUGACGUGGCCACCAUCCUGUCGAGGCGCAUUGCCGUGGAGUACAGCGAUUCUGAUGACGACUCCGAGUUUGAUGAGAACGACUGGUCAGAUUGAAAGUGGUCCAAGCCUGCUGGCAACUAUAUUAAAUACUUGGCUUCAGUGAUUGCUUUGUUAGCAAGAUGUAAAGCAGGACGUUGACAUGUAUUAAGGCUAGUGAGGGAAGUGCUAAAAUUGAAUUGAUAUUAUUCAGAAUGCUGUAGCUUAGCAACUCUGGUAAUAAUGAUGUGAUUAUGCUUAUGCAGAUCAGAAACUUGUCUUACUUUCAGUAUUUACUGCAUAAUACUUAAGUGCCACUAAAUGUAGCAACUCUUGUGCUGCGUGCAAAAUAUGAUGCAGUUGUUGCACUGUUACAGAACCAGCAUUUUAUUUUACUUUCCUGUUCUUGAAGGGAUAAAAUAUAUUUUUUUGACUUUACAUCUUAUUCUUUUAAUUAUGUAAACUUAGAUACUUGUGAAUUGGUCUGGUUGUUAGUCUUUGAGGGCCGCUAACUGUAUGGCUGAGUGAAGUGUCGAGUUCCAUAAACGUGACUUUAGCUUUUUUAUUAGGUACUAAUUUUGCCCACCUUAGUCUAUUUUUAACCACUUCUGGGCUUAAGUUUUUAUGCAUACAUAAUUGAUUUUAUACUGUCUUCCUUUUUAUCUUAAAAAUGUAGCAGAUGAUGAAAUGUAUACUUUGAAGAAUGAACCCACGUGAUCCAGAAAGAACAUUUGGUGAGCAGACAGAUCUGUCUGUAACAGUACCAGCUCUAAGUUGCUGGUUGCUUGUUGGUAAGAGUGUUGGGGGAGUCUCUGCUGGGUAGCAGAUGCAUGUCCGUGUUGUAAAUGGAAAUGAAAAUACCUGUAGAGCUUUUCAGUCUUAAAAUAAGAUCAACUGGAUGCAGGAUAGAGCUGAUGGAAACCCUGUGGCUGUUACAGUGCAGAAAGGCUACUGCUAUUGCUGAAGAUUGGAACAGUCCAGAUCUAGCAAUCAGAUACAUUUCACAAGUAUUAAACUUGGUCUUUAUGCCUGUAGGUAUAAAUGUGUGUAAAUAAGUUCUAUUGUGGUUGAUUUGUACAUGUGUAGAUGUGUGGCACAUUGACUCAGAGCUCUUAUUUUGAAUGUAUUUCUUUCCCAGUACAUCCCAUAGAUAAAACAUGGGCAGUUGAAGCAGUUUUGAUGGCUGUUGAGGUACUAUGCCUUAUACACAUUCACUUUCUUAGUCCUUUCCUAGGCAUAGUUGUUUCCAUAAAGUCUGCUUUGACUGUCUCUGUUUUCCUUAUUUUCCAUUUUUUUAAUCAGCCAUACAGUAUUAAAAUGGUUUGUUUUGGUUUGGUUUUUUUUUUGUGGGGUUGUUUUUUGUUGUGUUGUUGUUUUUUGGGUUUUUGUUUGUUUUUUGUUUGUUUGUUUUUCUGGACCAAGAGUCAGGCUGCUGCUCUGCCUAAUGAGGCUUUUAAAUUUUAUUCAUAGCAGGGGAAGAUUUCUUUCCUUACCAGAUUAGUUUUAAUCUUUGUAACAGAAGUCUGUGUAAUUCCAGGUCUAACAUUUGGUAAACCUCCUUUGUUCUGUGAGGGCCCGCCCCAUCUGUUCUUAAAAGAAGUAUGUAAAAUAAAAAGAGAAGUGGAAGGUGAUUAUCUAACCUGUGUUUACACCAUUAACAGUUUUAGUCCUGAGAAUGUAACAGUCUAACACAAUGUUUGCAUGCAAACUGUUGGCUGCAUUGCUGUUUAAUCUGCAUAUGAUUUUUCAAUCCUUGGUGGCUGCCUUUAUGGUAGAAGGAUAACAUGCUGCCUCAGGGCUGGUGUUAAAAUUUAUGACACAAAGUGUGACCAAUCUCUGUGUAGUGGUGAGCAACCAUGCUCUUGGUAACCAGGGGCAGCUGAAGGUACUUGCUGAUCACCGUCCCAGUUGGAGCUGGUUUUGUUCUUGCCUUAAAAUGCAGAGCUGAAGUGUGCUUUGUGUCCUGGAGUCUGAGGUCUGUGUGUCCACCAGGGAGGACAGAAUUUAGGCUGUAGCCUGAUGGUGGCUUUCAUCACCAUGUGGCAGAUGGCUUGUCCUUACCAUCAUGGUGUGCUUGCACAGUGGCCUGCAAAAUGAUUCUUUGUAGAGGUAGCUGAAGGUGCAACUGGGACCUCAGUGUUACAUCACUGCAUAUGUGGUGAGAGCACUCUUGAUGUUAUUUUGAUACAUGCUGAAAUUAAAUGUCUCAGCAGAAAAUUCUUUCCAGUCUUUCCAAUUUGAUAUGACAGAAGAUAUAUUUUAUGAGCACGGAAGUUGGAUGUGUCUGAAAUUUUGUAAUUUGUGCUUAUUUUAAAUAAUAAGCAUUAAACAAGCAAUCAGUUUGACCAGUGAGGAUAGUGUAGAUUUUUCAGGCAUAGUAGCCAACCUGUUUUUCUGAAUUUGCAAUGUUGUAAUUUUCCUUUUGGUAUUUUAUGGACAAAAUGUGAAUUGAAUUUAGUGAUGUAAACACUAUUCUAGGCUGUUUCUAUCAGUUAUACUUCGAGUUGUGCGUAAGUAACAAAUAUGAAUAAAAUCUCACUUUUGA